AUGGAGAAAAUAUUACAAGUGGACAACGGACUUGCAGAUGACAAUGUGGAUCACACCAUGCCGCACAACGUGGUGUCGGGUCACGUCCAGUCUUUCCUUUGGCGGAAGGAAAGAGAUCCGACGGCUACUGUUGCGGCGGCGAAAACCGAACCGGCUGCCGGGGAUUCUUCCCCGGCGACGAACCGGCUGCUCGCCGGGUACUUAGCCCACGAGUUCCUCACCAAGGGUACGUUGUUCGGAAAGAUGUGGCCCCCCGGGCGAUCCGAACCGGGUGGCGGUUCGGGCCAAUCCGGGUCAGUCGAGAUCGACCGGUCCGGCUCAGCGCGGAUCGCUAAGGCGUAUGAGGAGGUGGCGUAUCUGCUUAAGACGGAUGGAGUCCAUAUUCCUGGUGUCGUUAACCCUACCCAGCUGGCUCGUUGGCUCCAGAUGUGAAUAGUUCCUGCGCUGCAACGUACCGCACUGAGACCCAUUUCGAUUGUACACGUGGCGGUAUUUCGUUCGCUGUAGUUUGUUUCUCUGCUUCUCACGCAUGCAUGGUUCUGCGGGGAAUGGAGGUGGUGAGUGAGGCUAUAAAGAUUAUAUUUUUGGAAGAUAAAUGCAUGCUUAA